ACACAAGAGUGAUGGUUGCUGAUAAUGGGCCUCUAAUGAUUGAAGAUCGUGGGAGGAGUGGCGACAUCAUGGCGGAGAGACGACAACUGUUCGCAGAGAUGCGGGCACAAGAGUUGGAUUCCAUAAGAUUGUCCACAUAUAGAACUGCUUGCAAACUCAGAUUCGUUCAGAAGAAAUGCAAUCUCCAUUUGGUGGACAUCUGGAACGUGAUCGAGGCGUUCAGAGAGAACGGCCUGAACACCAUGGACCUCAACACAGAGUUCACUGUGGCUCGCCUGGAAGCAAUACUAUCGACCAUCUUCUACCAGCUCAACAAGCGCAUGCCCACCACACACCAGAUCAAUGUGGAACAGUCCAUCAGUCUGCUACUCAACUUUCUCCUGGCUGCCUAUGACCUGGAAGGCCUCGGGAAAAUGUCUGUCUUUGUUGUGAAGAUGGCCCUAGCAACCAUCUGCGGAGGAAAGAUUUUGGAUAAAUUAAGAUAUAUUUUUUCACAGAUAUCAGACCCUGGUGGCAUAAUGGUGUACUCCCAAUUCGACCAGUUUCUGAGGGAGGUUCUCAAAUUGCCAAUGACUGUUUUUGAGGGGCCUUCCUUUGGCUAUACUGAGCAAUCCACAAGAACCUGCUUUGCACAGCAGAAAAAGGUCUCCCUCAACACAUUCCUGGACACGAUGAUGUCAGAUCCUCCUCCUCAGUGUCUGGUGUGGUUACCACUCAUGCAUCGCUUGGCUAAUGUGGAGAAUGUGUUUCACCCGGUCGAGUGCUCCUACUGCCACAGUGAGAGUAUAAUGGGCUUCCGCUACCGCUGCCAACAAUGUCAUAAUUACCAGCUCUGUCAGGACUGCUUCUGGAGGGGGCAUGCCAGCGGUUCCCAUAGCAACCAGCACCAAAUGAAGGAGUACACGUCAUGGAAAUCGCCUGCUAAGAAGUUAUCUAAUGCUCUCAGCAAAUCACUGAGCUGUGCUACUAGCAGAGAACCUUUACACCCCAUGUUUCCUGACAUGCCAGAAAAACCUCUGAACCUAGCCCACAUUGUGCCUCCCAGACCAAUGAAUAGCACCAAUGACUUCAUGCUCUCCCACUCCAUGCCCACAUCAGGGAACCCUUACUCCACUAAGAAUUUGCUGGAGAGCAGUUCCCACCAGGAGGAAGAGCACAGUCUCAUUGCCCGCUACGCUUCUAGACUGGCCUCUGACGCAGCCGCCGCGCAGCAGCAGCAGAGGGUCCCCAACGACAUCUCUUUCUCUCUGGAUGCCAACAAGCAGCAGAGGCAGCUUAUUGCUGAGCUAGAGAGCAAAAACAGAGAGAUCUUGCAGGAGAUCCAGCGUCUGAGAGUGCAGCACGAGCAGGCCUCACAGCCUCCCACAUGCACGUCCCAACAGAACCCCACUCUGCUGGCCGAGCUACGGCUUCUCAGGCAACGCAAAGAUGAGCUGGAACAGAGGAUGUCUGCUCUGCAGGAGAGUCGCAGGGAACUCAUGGUACAGCUGGAGCAGCUGAUGCUGCUGCUGAAGGAGGAGGAAAGGAAGCAAGCUACCUAUGGAGAUUCAUAACUUCAUGAAUUCCACCCACCCAGCUACCCCCCAUGCUAACAGGACAACACCCCAAUCACAAGAGACCAACAGUCCCGCAAGAAAGCUAUGCAGUAGCAACACAAAGAAUAGAGCACCCUGCCGCAGCCGAGCUAAACCAGACGAGGCAUCUGCUGAACAGAAUCUGCAAACAAAUCCAUGAAUUCCUUCUUUCUUAUUAUCAGAAAUAGAAUAAUUAAAAAUACAACCUAUUAUCAUUGAGUUUUGCAUAAGAUACCCAGGAAAGGGUUAAAGUUACCUCAUAAAUAUAUGUAACCUCAUAAACAAAGUUCACGACAUUAGUAAUUUGCUAAUCUUAGAUAAUAUGAAUAUAUUAGCAAUUUCUGAGACCCUCUUAUAACACACCUUUGAUACAGCAGUAGGAGUACAAGGAUAUAACAUCUAUAGAAAAGACAGGAAUCUCUAUAGGGGGAGCUCAGAGAGGAUCUCAUCACAAGUGAAGUAGAAGUGCUGUGGUUGAAGGUUCACCUGCCUCAUCUGAAGCCUCUUCUUUUAGGGUGCUGCUAUAGGUCACCAAAUGGAAAGUGUCAGUAUCUGGAGAAUGUGUGUGAUGUUAGAUAAGUACCCUGAUGCUAUCAGAGAAAUGUAUUUUAUUGGUGACCUGAACAUUGACUGGUAAUCAUCGAGUUGUCCUCUCAAGAGGAAGCUUCUUACUGUGAGUAAUGACUGUAACAUGACUCAGGUUAUCACUCAACCAACUAGAGUGUUGUCUAAUAGUGGUGGAUCUGUGACAUCCACUUGCAUUGAUUAUAUAUUCACCAAUGCUGCAGAGAUUUGCUCCAAACCAUAGUGACCAUAAUAUUGUGGCAAUAACCAGGAAGGGCCUAAAGUUAUUUAUAAGAGAUCAUACAAAAUGUUUUCUCAGGAGGAACUGCCUAGAAGGCCAGCAUCCCAGAGUCACCUCUUCACUAUUGACAUUGAGACUGGGGUUUUGCGGGUACUUUUUUUUAACCCCCUUUUCCUCCUCAAUUUCAUGGUAUCCAAUUGUUAGUAGCUACUAUCUUGUCUCAUCGCUACUACUCCCGUACGGGCUCGGGAGAGACAAAGGUUGAAAGUCAUGCGUCCUCCAAUACACAACCCAACCAAGCCGCACUGCUUCUUAACACAGCGCGCAUCCAACCCGGAAGCCAGCCGCACCAAUGUGUUGGAGGAAACACUGUGCGCCCGGCCCGCCACAGGAGUCACUGGUGCGCAAUGAGACAAUGAUAUCCCUACCGGCCAAACCCUCCCUAACCCAGACGACGCUAGGCCAAUUGUGUGUCGCCCCACAGGCCUCCCGGUCACGGCUGGUUGCGACAGAGCCUGGGCACAAACCCAGAGUCUCUGGUGGCACAGCUAGCGCUGCAGUACAGCGCCCUUAACCAUUGCGCCACCCGGGAGGCCUUGCCGGUAUUUUUUAAUGAAGCUGCCAGUUGAAGACUUGUGAGGCGUCUGUUUCUCAAUCUAGGCACUCUAAUAUACUUGUCCUCUUGCUCAAUUGUGCACCGGGGCCUCCCACUCAUCUAUUCUAUUCUUAGAGCCAGUUUGCACUGUUCUGUGAAGGUACACAGCAUUGUACGAGAUCUUCAGUUUCUUGUCAAUUUCUCGCAUGGAAGCAUUCAUUUCUAGCCUUCAUUUCUCAGAACAAGAAUAGACUGACGAGGUUCAGAAGAAAGGCCAUUUUGAGCCUGUAAUCGAACUUACAAAUGCUGAUGCUCCAGAUUCUCAACUAGUCUAAAGAAGGCCAGUUUUUCAGCGGUGCUAACAUAAUCGCAAAAGGGUUAUCUCAUGAUCAAUUAUCCUUUUAAAAUUAUAAACUUGGAUUCGCUAACAUAACGUGCCAUUGGAACACAGGAGUGAUGGUUGCUGAUAAUGGGCCUCUGUACACCUAUGUAGAUAUUCCAUAAAAAAAUCAGCAGUUUCCAGCUACAAUAGUCAUUUACAACAUUAACAAUGUCUACACUGUAUGCCUGAUCAAUUUGAUGUUAUUUUAAUUGGCAAAAAAAUGUGCUUUUCUUUCAAAAACAAAGACAUUUCUAUGUGACCCCAUAUUUUUGAACGGUAGUGUAUGUUGGUAUGUUGGUCUGAUGUGUAUAAGGAAGAGAAUCCAGAUAAAACACUUGGAGUAUUUGUGAUAUUAUUCUUGCCAAUUGUUGACAAACAUGCAACUGUUAAGAAACUAACUAAGAACUGUUAGAGCCCUCUGGAAAGAUUGUGAAUUGAAAAUGUUAUGGUUCAAAGAAAGUAUGCAAAAAAGGUGGCAAACAAGUCUGGCUGCUCAGCUGAUUGGUUCAUAUACUGUCAAUUGAGAAAUGUUGUGACUAAAUAUGUACAGUUGAAGUCGGAAGUUUACAUACACCUUAGCCAAAUACAUUUCAACUGAGUUUUUCACAAUUCCUGACAUUUAAUCCUAGGAAGAAUUUCCUGUCUAGGUCAGUCAGGAUCACCACUUUAUUUUAAGAAUGUGAAAUGUCAGAAUAAUAGUAGAGAGAAUGAUUUAUUUCAGUGGGUCAGAAGUUUAUAUACACUCAAUUAGUAUUUGGUAGCAUUGCCUGUAAAUUGUUUAACUUGGGUCAAACGUAGCCUUCCACAAGCUUCCCACAAUAAGUUGGGUGCAUUUUGGCCCAUUCCUCCUGACAGAGCUGGUGUAACUGACUCAGGUUUGUAGGCCUCCUUGCUCGCACAAGCUUGUUCAGUUCUUCCCACAAAUGUUCUAUAGGAUUGAGGUCAGGGCUUUGUGAUGGCAACUCCAAUAACUUGACUUUGUUGUCCUUAAGCCAUUUUGCCACAACUUUGGAAGUAUGCUUGGGGUCAUUUUCCAUUUGGAAGACCCAUUUGCGGCCAAGCUUUAACUUCCUGACUGAUGUCUUGAGAUGUUGCUUCAAUAUAUCCACGUAAUUUUCCUACCUCAUGAUGCCAUCUAUUUUGUGAAGUGCACCAGUCCAUCCUGCAGCAAAGCACCCCCACAACAUGAUGCUGCCACCCCGGUACUUCACGGUUGGGAUGGUGUUCUUCGGCUUGCAAGCCUCCCCCUUUUUCUUCCAAACAUAUUGAUGGUCAUUAUGGCCAAAUAGUUAUAUUUUUGUUUCAUCAGACCAGAGGAUAUUUCUCCAAAAAGUACAAUUUUUGUCCCCAUGUGCAGUUGCAAACCAUAGUGUGGCUUUUUUAUGGCGGUUUUGGAGCAGUGGCUUCUUCCUUGCUGAGCGGCCUUUCAGGUUAUGACGAUAUAUGACUCAUUUUACUGUAGAUAUAGAUACUUCUGUACCUGUUUCCUCCAGCAUCUUCACAAGGUCCUUUGCUGUUGUUUCUUGGAUUGAUUUGCACUUUUCGCACCAAAGUACGUUCAUUUCUAGGUGACAGAACACGUCUCCUUCCUGAGCGGUAUGACGGCUGCGUGGUCCCACGGUGUUUAUACUUGCAUACUAUUGUUUGUACAGAUGAACGUGGUACCUUCUGCCGUUUUGUAAUUGCUCCCAAGGAUGAAUCAGACUUGUGGAGGUCUACCAUUUUUUUCUGAGGUCUUGGCUGAUUUCUUUUGAUUUUCCCAUGAUGUCAAGCAAAGAUGCACUGAGUUUGAAGGUAGGCCUUGAAAUAACUGCACAGGUUCACCUCCAAUUGACUCAAAUUAUGUCAAUUAGCCUAACAGAAGCUUCUAGAGCCAUGAUAUAAUAUUCUGGAAUUUUCCAAGCUGUUUAAAGGCACAGUCAACGUAGUGUAUGUAAGCUUCUGACCCACUGGAAUUGUGAUACAGUGAAUUAUAAGUGAAAUAAUCUGUCUGUAAACAAUUGUUAGAAAAAUGACUUGUGUCAUGCACAAUGUAGGUGUCCUAACAUACUUGCCAAAACUAUAGUUUGUUAACAAGACAUUUGUGGAGUGGUUAAAAAUGGAGUUUUAAUGACUCCAACCUAAGUGUAUGUAAACUUCCGACUUCAACUGUAUACACAGUACAAGUCAAAAGUUUGGUCAUGGACCUCCCGAGUUGCACAGUGGUCUGGUUCGAGUCCAGGCUCUGUCGCAGCCGGCCGUGACCUGGAAACCCAUGGGACGGCGCCCAAUUGGCCCAGCAUCGUCCUGGUUCGGGGAGGGUUUGGCCAGCAGGGAUGUUCUUGUCCCAUCGCGCACUAGCGACUCCUGUGGUGGGCUGUGUGCAAUGCAUUCUGACAUGUUCGGUCGCCAGGUGUACGAUGUAUACACCGACACAUUGGUGCGGCUGGCUUCCGGUUAAGCGAGCAGUGUGUCAAGAAGCAGUGCAGCUUGGCUGGGUUGUGUUUCAGACGACGCAAGUCCUUGAGGGAGUUGCAGCCAUGGGACAAGAUUGUAACUACCACGAAAUUGGGGAGGAAAGGGGUAAAAAAAAUGGACACACCUACUCAUUCAAGUUAUUCUACGUUGUAGAGUAAUAGUAUUUUCUACGUUGUAGAGUAAUAGUGAAGACAUGAAAACUAUGAAAUGAGGGUUAGGGUUAAACACCAAAAAGUGUUAAACAAAUCUAAAUAUAUUUUAGAUUCUAUAUAUUUAGCUGCCUUGAUGGCAGCUUUGCACAAUCUUGGCAUUCUCUCAACCAGCUUCAUGAGGUAGUCACCAGGAAUGCAUUUCAAUUAGCAAAUGUGCCUUGUUAAAAGUUUAUUUGUUAACACUUAAUGUGUUUGAGCCAAUCAGUUGUGUUGUGACAAGGUAGGGGUGGUAUACAGAAGAUAGCCCUAUUUUGUAAAGGACCAAGGCCACAAGAACAGCUCAAAUAAGCAAAAGGAAACGACAGCCAGUCAUUACUUUAAGACAUGAAGGUCAAUCAUUGCGGAACAUUUCAACAACUUUGAAAGUGCAAAAACCAAUGCAAAAACCAAUGCAGCGCUAUGAUGAAACUGGCCCUCAUGAUGACCGCCACAGGAAAGGAAGACCUAGAGUUACCUCUGCUGCAGAUGAUAAGUUCAUUAGAGUUACCAGCCUUAGAAAUUGUAGGCCAAAUAAAUGCUUCACAGAGUUCAAGUAACAGACACAACUUAACAUCAACUGUUCAGAGGAGACUGUGUGAAUUAGACCUUCAUGGUUGAAUUGCUGCAAAGAAACCACUACUAAAGAACACCAAUAAGAAGAAGAGACUAGCUUGGGCCAAGAAACACGAGCAAUGGACAUUAGACCGGUGGAAAUCUGUCCUUUGGUCUGAUGAGUCCAAAUGUUCGAUUUUUGGUUCCAACCGCCGUGUCUUUGUGAGACGCAGAGUAGGUGAAUGGAUGAUCUCCGCAUGUGUGGUUCCCACCAUGAAGCAUGGAGCAGAAGGUGUGGGGGUGCUUUGCUGGUGAGAUUUUAUGUAAUUUAUUUAGAAUUCAACGCACAUUUAACCAGCAUGGCUACCACAGCAUUCUGAAGCAAUAUGCCAUCCCAUCCCAGCAUUCCAGGUGAAGCUGGUUGAGAGAAUGUCAAGAGUGUGCAAAGCUGUCAUCAAGGCAAAGGGUGGCUACUUUGAAGAAUCUAAAAUCUAAUUUGUUUGACAUUUUUUUGGUUACUACAUGAAUCGAUAUGUGUAAUUUCAUAGUUUUUAUUUAUUCACUAUCAUUCUACAAUGUAGAAAAUAGUAAAGAAUAAAGAAAAACACUUACAUUUGUAGCUGUGUUCAAACUUUUGACUGGUAUUGUAUAUUUUACCAAAACAAAAUAAAUUAUAAAAAUAAUGACAUUAUGGGCAGAAAACCCAAAUAAUCGUUCAUUGAAGCUGAUGGGUCAUUUAUCACAAAACCUUUUUAUAUAGACAAUCAUUUCAAUUACUAUUUCACCGGUAAAGUGGACAAACUGAGAAGUGAAAUGACAAUAUUGAACAUUGAACCAUCAUAUUUGUGUAUUGAUGAUCUAAUAAUGAAAGAGAAUGAUUGCUGUUUUGAAUUUGGUCAAUUUUGUGCAAAAGAGGUGGAAAAACAGUUGUUAUCCAUCAAUAAUGAUAAGCCACCAGGUAUAAAUAACCUAAAUGGUGAAAUAUUAAGAAUGGUAGCAGACUGGAUUACCACCCCUUUUGCCAAAGCCUAAAGGAGUGUGUGCCCACAGGCAUGGAAGGAAGCUAGAGUAAUUUCACUGCCUAAAAAUAAUAAAGUUCCCUUUGCUGUCUCUUACAGCCGCCCAAUCAGUUUGCUGCCUGUUCUUAGUAAACAGAUGGAGAGAAUUGUGUUUGAACAAAUACAGUGCUAUUUUUUUUGUUAAGUUAACUACUGACUUUCAACAUGCAUAUAAGGAAGUGCACUCAACUUGUACUGCACUGCACUAACUCUGAUAAUAAGAUUAUAGUUGGAGCUGUAGUGUAAAAUUUCAGUGCAGCCUUUGAUGUUAUUGAUCAUAAUUCGUUAUUGAAAAAGUUCACUUGUUAUGGCUUUACUUCACCUGCCAUCACAUGGUUGGAGAGUUACUUAUCCAACAGAACUCUGAGAGUAUUCUUCAAUGGAAGCUUCUCGAACUUCAGAUAUGUACAGUGUGGUAUCCCUCAGGGCAGUUCCCUUGGGCCGUUACUCUACUCUAUUUUUUACAAA